AUGUCAGCUGAAGCAAUCAAUAGGCUAACCUUGGACAAAUUCAAAUCGGGAAAACCAGUUCUUGGCAAGUCUGGUCAGGGUGGUAGUCGUCGUAGUUCAACAGAAGUCAACAAGCCUGAACAGGACGACAAAUUCAGACCUUCCAGAACUCCCACACUGGUGACAAGUUGCAAGUGGUGUGGGGGCAGUCAUGUUAAAGGCCGGUGCCCGGCUUUUGGUAAACAGUGCUCUAAGUGUGGCAAGUCAAAUCAUUUUGAAAAAGUUUGUAAUUCUGAAAACGUUGCCAGUCUCGACGAGUAUGUGAUCAAUUCGCUGAGUGGUCAACAGCAAUCACAGUGGAGCGUUGAUUUACUCAUGGCUGGUUAUACGGUGCCUUUCAAGGUUGACACUGGAGCGUCUUGUAACGUAAUUCCGUUGUCCUGCUUCAACAAAUUUGGACACACGAAGAAGCUCUUGCCUGGUCCUCGAGUUCGCACCUACAAUGGACAGUCCCUGCAUGUGCUGGGACAACUGGAUGUUACUGUUUUUUUCAACAGCAAGCGGUUCCAGAUUCGUGUAGUCGUGAUCAAAGAAGACAAUGUCCCUAUUCUGGGGCUGCCCAGUUGUUGUGAACUGGGUCUAGUUCAUGUGCCACAGAAGCAGGUCAACGAAAUCGUUGUGGACUCGCCGUCGACCAAUUUGCCGCCUGCGUUCCAAAAUUACAAAGGUGUGUUCAUUGGCAUCGGUAAAUUGCCCAUCGAACACGAGAUCAAGUUGAAAGACAAUUGUGUCCCAGUUGUGCGUCCUCCCCGCCGAGUUCCGUUCAAGAUUCGUGAUUUGGUGAAAAAGAAGUUGGACGACAUGGAACAGCUAAAGUUGAUUUGUAAAGUGACUGAGCCUACUGAGUGGGUAAACCCAAUGCUGGCUGUUCAAAAAGCGGGUGGUGACGUACGCAUCUGUCUCGACCCGUUGGAUCUUAACAAAGUGAUAAAGCGCCAACACUAUCCGGUGCCUACGGCACAGGAAUUAUUUGCCCGAAUUGGAAAGGCAAAGUUUUUCUCAACGCUCGACGCAACGUCGGGGUUUCUUCAAAUUCCCCUGUCGGAAGAGUCCAGUUUUGUUACGACCUUCGCCACUCCAUUUGGACGAUAUCGUUUUCUUCGUCUACCAUUCGGUAUUUGCUCAGCCCCAGAGGUUUACCAGCAGGCGAUGAUACAGUUGUUUGGAGACCUCAGCGGUGUGGAGAUCUACUUUGACGAUUUCUUCGUUUGGGGCGAAACACGAGAAGAACACGAUGACCGUUUGAAAGCCGUGUUUGACAGGUGUGCACAAGUCAAUUUGAAACUGAAUGCCACCAAGUGUAAGUUUUUGCAGUCGGAACUUCCCUGGAUGACACAUCAUCUCCUACCAACAGUUGAAGCCGGAUCCCGAUAA